AUGGUGCGCACCCAGUGCAGCUCGUUUCUCGUCACGCUUCCAAUAUGGCGGUGAAUCUCACAGACCUCUCCCUUCCUCAAUUGGAAGGAUUAAAAGGCCAACUGGACCAGGAGGUUGAGUUCUUGACGUCUUCCAUAAGUCAGCUGAAAAUUGCCCAGAACAAGUUUGUUGAAGCAAAAGACAGCUUAACUGUCCUGAACCCAAACAAUAAAGGAAAAGAGUUGCUCGUGCCUCUCACCAGUUCUAUGUACGUUCCUGGAACGUUAAAUGAUGUGGAACAUGUCUUAGUGGAUGUGGGGACUGGAUAUUAUGUUGAAAAGAAUGUGGGGGAGUCAAAGGCAUUCUUCAAGCGUAAAAUAGACUUCCUCACAAAGCAGAUAGAGAAAAUUCAGCCGGCUCUUCAAGAGAAACACGCUAUGAAACAAGCUGUCAUUGAAGUAAUGAAUCUGAAGAUCCAGCAAUUACAACAGAGCCAACAGGCAUCACAGAUGGUUGGAAACACAAAGGCCUGAUGGGAACAAUAGUUUGAGCUACUCAGGAUUAGAGACCUUUUCUAAGUUUGCCUUCACAAGAUGAUGCAAAAUGCACAAAUUAUGUUUGAAGUGUAGGUUGGCGGGUACAUGGGAGACUCCCUGUAUACUUGCAGAAAUUUAAAUAAAAUUUGGUGUCAACUUUAGUCAUUAAAGCUAGUUAAGUCUGGGUUAAAAAAAAUCUUGUCUCAUUAUUUGUCGCUAGAUCUGUCAAUCAUAAAUACUUUCAUCCUAAUAGGUAAGGCUUGAGACUUUUCUUGAUUAUUUCUCCAUUCCACUUGGCAUAUGUUGCAAAAACCUGCAUAUUGUCAAAAGGUGCACAAGUUUAUCUAGACUGGAUGUUUUGGUGACUCAUCUUUAGUCUUGAAGGACAAAACUGCAGUGUAAUAAUUUUAGCUGGGAUUCUGUAUAGUUUUGUUGACGGCAAAGAUGUUUAAUUAAAGGAAAAGUAGAUUAACUUUUAAGGCCAACUUUAACUUGGCUUAAAAAUUCCCUUAACGUGAUUGAGGGCCUCUAAAGUUGCUUUAAAGGCAGAGCAAGUGGGAAUUAAAUUUCUGCGUGAUUAUCAUUCCCAAACAGGACCUAAAUUAUUUCUUAGUGGUGGGCUUGGGGAUAUUUUGAACAGCAGAAACAUGUGAGAACAAGAAACAUCCCUCAGCAGUGAUAACAUGUCCUAAAAAUGUAACGUUUUCCUGCACAACUUGCUAUUUUGACCAACUUUGUGGCCAAAAGCAUCUAAAUGUUUCAAUAUAGAAACUUGUAUUUUGUGCACUGAGCAGGGAAUUGGCUACAGAUGAGGAUGUCAUCAACAUACUGAAACAGUGCAAUGACAUCAAACAAAAAGCUGCUUUUCAGUGCAGCUUUAUAGAUUGUAGGACUUUCAUAAAAACUCUUGACAGUCUGGUAAAUGUCCAGACAGCCUUGGAACUCAAAAGUAAACCAAAACCUACUUUUGGGAUGGACAGGGACAGAGAAAAAUAAGCAUAGUUACCAAUUGCUGACGCUAAGUGUUUUUUUUUUACUCUCUUACACAGACAUCUCGCACAGAAUGUCAUGUACAUUAUUACUUUUGGUGUUUUUUUCAGUUACACAGGAAACAGGACUACAUGUAAGCUGUUGCUUCUUUGUUGCAUUCUCCAUCUACACUGUGUGGGGCAUUACAUCCUUUGAGUGAUAAAAGUUUUUUUGAUGAUGGCAUCACAUCACUAGGGUCUCCCAAGGACCUGCUGAAUUUCCAUGAGAAUUGUAAGGCUGAUGAAUCUUAAGUGCAGAGUGACCUUUUCCUGGGAGGCAAUAAAUGAAGUUCUUCA